UGCCCGCUGCAGGCCGCCGUUCGAUCUUUUGGGCAGACAGCGACCGCUCUUUUGUCUAAAUUUAGUUUAUGGCUUGAUAAUUGGCUUUUUCGUUGUUCUCUUUUUGUUGAGAUUCGUCGUCGCCGCAUUGAAAUCGAAAUGAAAAUGGAAAUAAGAUAUGUAUGCUCACCGAUUGAACCAAUUUAUUUCAAUUUCGCACAUCGACGGGAAACGUUGUGUUCGCGGCAAACUCCCAGAUUUCGAUCAGUUGUGAUUGAUAAAACUACGAAAUGGGGCAACAGCUUGCGAAACUCAUUUGGAUAUUGUGCUGCACUCUGUGCCUGCUCCGAUCCGAUUUCGUUUGUGGAAGCUUGGCCGCUUGCAACUGCAUUCGCAUCCGAGAGUGCGCUGCAUUUACUCGUCUUCUGCUGCAUCAUCGGCCCGAAGAGCGUGAAGUCGUCUUUGCGAAGGUACACGCCGCUGGUUGUGGCUUUGACGGACUCGACCCGCUGGUGUGCUGCCCCCAGCGCCUGCGCCAUGAGUCAUCAACGGUCAGGCCUAUGCGCAUGCUACGCUUUGCCCCACCGAACGAGCGCUGGAUAUGGGGCGACAGCACAGACCUGGUCCAAGACGAAACAGAAAUGAAUCUUCAUGAUUACUGGGACUUCAAGGAGCAGAGAAACUGUCCCCAGCCAGUGGAUGCCGAGUUCUACGAUCAACGCUUUGCCAGCGGAAGUCACUCCUUUCACUACGACAUCGAUCACGGCAGUAGCGAUUGGCAAUCCUCGCCGCGUCCUGCCCCAGAGGAUAAGCCUAUUGUGUUUCCUGGCGAUCUGCGCUUCCUCCGACACGGCGGCGACCCGGAGACCAGUACCGACGUGAGUCAGGGUCCACCCUUGGCGCCUUUUACCACGGCUCUGUCACCGACUGCCACGUCCGUUUCGUUACCUACUCCUUCGCCUGUAGCUGCUGUUCCUGCGCCAGUGGCCACCUGCGGGGUUAGCAUUGAGAGCCGUUUGCUUGGAGGAGACCAAGCCACGGCCGGACAGUACCCAUGGCUGGCGAGGAUAGCCUACCGAAACAGAAGCAGCAGCCGCAUCAGCUACCGCUGCUCGGGAUCGCUGAUCGCCGGCAACUAUGUGGUGACUGCCGCUCAUUGUGUGGUCAACCUCGUGGGUGAUCUAGAAGUCUCCCACGUGCGGCUCGGUGAUGCAGCGGCCAGUGCGGAGGAUGCCUCCAAUCUGUUUGCCAUCGACCAAGUGUUGGUGCAUCCAAAUUUCGACCAGCCACGCUAUGCCAACGACAUUGCUCUGCUGCGGCUUAACAGUACGGCCAAUAUAUUCACGCCCAUUUGCUUACCUUUGAACAGCAGUGAGACACUCGGGAAUAGGCUGAUUGGGCAAUCGGGAGUUGCCGCCGGCUGGAGCACUUCAAAUUCGGAAGGAAAUUUAUCCUCCUCCACUUCGACAUCCUCCUCCACGGUGCGAUUUAUACGGCUGCCCAUUGUGAACACCACCAGCUGUGCGAUUGCGUAUGCCAAGCUCAGCGAGAACUUCCAGCAGCCGAUUGUCAUCACGCCCAGUCACCUGUGUGCCCAGGGCCAGCCGAUGAAUGAUGUGUGCCGUGGCGAUAGCGGUGGACCCUUUAUGGACGAUGGCACCUCUGGCCUGUUGGCCUCCAAUGGACGCUACACGCUCAUUGGCAUUGUGGCCUUUGGGCCGACUUUGUGUGGUGUGACCACAAUUCCGGGUGUUUACACGCUGGUCAGCAGCUUUUCGGACUGGAUUCAGAGUAGCAUCAGCAGGACGGGCAGUCCUAAUCCCUGACCGGCAGCUACUUAGAGCGGCGUCCAUCCAAAGCUUUCAAUGCCAAAGUCUAAUAAUAAAAAUAAAAUAAAAAGCCGAGCUCAACUAU